CGCGCAUCCUCCGUAAUCACGCAACAAGUCGACCGAUGCGUGAUGCAGGGAUGGAUAAAACGAGUGUGAGAUACGAUACAUGCGUAUGCAUGGAGACAUUGAAAUGACUUAUAAAUGGGAUGAGAUUCUAACACCCAAACACGAUGGGCCGUUUCAUCCAGGCGCGCCCGAUCCUAUAUCGCCAGCGCGCUGGAGCUCUUUUCCUGGAUCACCCCGCCACUUGGUGUGCGUCGGCAAGUUCUCGAUAUCCUCGACGCCGGGCGCAUAUCCUGGGUGCAUCUCGUAUUCUUCUUGCGUCUUCUCGGGAGGCGCUUUGGCUGUGCUGGUUCCGCUUGCAGCAGCAGCGGCCCGUUCUCUAGCUCUCCUCCGCCUCUUCAAGAUCUUUUUCCGACUCCUGACAGCCCGCUUCAUCUCUCGCUCAUCUCCAUAGAACAGAUCGUGUUCACAGAACGGGCAGAUCCACUCGUCUGCCGGAUUAGUGAGCGCAGACGGAUCGCCCAUGGGAACCGGUUUCCCAUUUCUGCGUCGCCGAGGAGGAAUGUCAGCAGACAAGAAUCGCAGGGCAAGCGGCCCGAGCCCAUUGUAUGGAUGGCUGCUCGCCCCGUUGGUCGCUCCCGAUUGAGGCAACCGUGAUGGGACAUAAUUCCGCAAAUGAUGGGGGUUCGACGCGUUAGCCAACGCAGACCGUUUCUUCUUCUUCCCGCGGGUCUUGAUUCCCAUCAUCGUUGCGGGAUCAACGUUCUCUGUCGUCGGCGAAUUAGUGGUCGUGGAGGCCGUAGUCGAGGUUGGUUGAUUGAUAUUUGUCGGUCGAGCUCGGGUUGGACAUGAGCUUGUUGGCAGCAGCCAUCUUCGCAGCCUUGGCGGCUUGUCUGGC